UGACAGUUUACAUUAGCAGUAUUAGCACAACAAUGGCAGGUCGCGGACAGACUUGGAGUUGCGAGGAGGUGCGAAACCUCAUAGAAAUUUGGUCUGAUGAACAUAUUAGAUCACAACUUUCAAAAACUCAUAAGAACAGCGCGGUUUUCUCUUUAUUUAGCAAACAGCUCAGGGAUAGGGGAUUUCAUAGGUCUGUGGAGCAGUGCCGGAUUAAGGCGAAAAAACUCCGCCAGCAGUACAUCCAAGUGCGAGAUGCACUUAAUAAAACAGGCAGCUCGGGUAACGAGAAAGACAAGUUCCCCUGGUACGAUGAUCUGGACAAAAUACUUGGGACAAAACCAGACGUUGAUCCAGUGGAUGUUGUUGAGUCCCAUGAAAAUUCAACUUCGUCCUCUUCCAAUGAUGCUAACACAGGUGACCGGGCUACCGCAUCUGACACAGAUAUUGACGUGGGAGAUUCAAGCAACGUAUCAUCCCAUACUGAUAUCUCAAUCACUGCUGCUGCUGAUGAAGGAGUGUCUGAUGAUCCAAGCACAGAGAGCAAUGUCAAUGAAGAAAGCAUCAGAGGAGGGAGACUGCCCAUUCCUGGAGCCAAAGCUCGAAAAAGAAAGAAAAAGUCUUGUAAAGCUGAUGAUGAAGUCCAGUCAUAUAUAAUGGACAACAAAAGGAUGCUGACAGAUUUGCAAAGAGCUGAAGAAAGCCAAGUGGCUCAAGAGGCUGCCUGUUUUGAGAGAAUACUUAAGGCACAACAGGAAGCCGAGGAGAGAAGAUUCCAGGUAAUGCAGGCACAGCAACAGGCCACUAACCAAAUGUUUCUCCAACUAAUGGGCACUCUUGCAACCUGGACCACGACAAUCCCACCAACAUCAAUCCCUAGUGCUUGGUCCUUGUCCCAGCAGUUUCAGCCAACCCAGCCUACUGCCCUGCUGCCAGUGAAUCAUCCACAUCAGCAUCGGCAAUCAGAAUCUCCAUCCACCCAAGAUGAGAAUCCUAGCACUUCUUCAAUUAUACAUAGUGCACACUACUACAACUUGUAG